AUGCUAAACAAUUUCAAAUGUCUUUUAAUGAUCAUAAUUUUGAAAAUAAAAUGCAAACUUUUGACUACCUUUGUGAAGAAAUAUAUGACUUGUAUCAAGAAAUGCCAAUAGAAAAUGAUGAACUUGAAUCU